UUAGGCUACAUAAACUUGCACCACAGUAUUUUCAACAUUUUGACAGACAAACUCUAUUUUGAGACGACCCCUCAGAUUUUACAACUACUCUUCAGUUAUGAAGAUCAAGAAUAGCCAGUGCUGUCUGAACAUGGCGAGCUGAACUUUCGUAUGGGGCAGGGGACCUCAAUAACUUACGUAACUAUAGAAACUGGCCAUCUGCAGAGGGGAUUUACAAGAAAAGGGGAGAUAACUCAAUAAAGACACAGAAACCAAUUUGUCGAAGAAAAACAACAUUUACCAUAGAAGCUACUACAGCUCAUUUGUUAUGGCAAAUAUGAGUUAUAAUGACGGAGCAGAACUGUUCCUUGAUAUUCUUACAAAGGAGGAGAGGGAGGCCCUCCUUACACAGAAGAUGCAGGCCAUUCGUAAGAAGAAUGACAUCCUGCGAAUACGACAUGAGGAGAUUCAAGCUGAUAAGCGGAACUUCGGACCCAUGUCAAAACCAAAUGAGACUGGUAUACAGACUCAGCCCCUAAAACAGACACAGGAACGUCCCCAGAGAGGGACACAGUCUCCUAAAAAGGAGAUCAAGCCUCACAAUGGAGAGGACAAUAGAUGGAGAGACAACAAGGAUCGCUCCGAGAAAUCCCCAGAGAAGAAGGCCCCUAAAUCAGCCGCAGGGCGCGGUAAACAGCUCGCUCGUAUGAGCAAAGAAAAACUCAAAGCUCAGGAUAUGAGGAUCUCUAGGUCACAUAGCGAUGUUGGACAGUCGAGAACCAUAUCCAUGCAUGAUGGGUACCAGCCUUUUCGAAGGCAGGGAUCCAGGGAGAGUUCUGGGUCAGAGGGAAAGGGAACCGAACAUAGAGAGUUUGAUUCAAGAAUAUUUCGUCGAAACCCAGAUAAACAGGUGACGUUUCAGGAGGACCAGCAAAUUUCCCCUCCCAGAAUGCAGCACAAUAGAGAUGGCAUGCAGCCAUAUAGACGUCCCAAUCAGCGACAAGAUCGCCGAAGCUGGGACAAUGAUAUAGAAAAUCAGUUACCUCGAGAAUUUAUGAAUAAUCCUCUGUUACGAAAUGCUGGUGGCCAACGUCAGAAUCAAUCUGAAAGAAAUGAACGCCAUUGGGAUCAACAUGACCGACGUUCACAUCCCCAAGGUCGUAACAAUCGCAACUGGGGUCAGGGUGAUAGUGGUCAUCGCAAUAACAAUGAUCAGCACUGGGAUCAACAUGAUCGUAGAGGGAAUUUCCGAAAUGAACAAGAUGGUCGAGGGAAUAACUAUAGAGGAAGAGGUAGGAAUAACAGUUUUUCCGACGAUCAUGACAGGUAUGAAAAUAACUUUCAAGAUAAGAGACGAACUCAUCGUUCCUUUAACGAACAUGAUGUACGGGAAAACAAUGGUGACAGAGGCAAUUAUCAGCGAAAAGACUAUGACAGGAAAGAUAAUUAUCGUGAUAUCAGAGAGCAAUAUAGAAAAGGAGAUAAUCAAAGGGACAGACAAGGCAACCAUCAAAAUGGCGGGAAUCAGCGGGGUGGCUUUAACGAUGAAAAUAGACCUCCCCCUGCAGAGAGAAGUUUCAGUAGGGAAGAAGAUAGGGUUGAAGGUCCCCCUCCUGACCCACAAUAUAAUUUCCUGUCUGAUCGAACCCGGGACAAGCCUCGGGCGGAUCUUAAGGACAAGAAACAAGGGGAAAAAGAGAAUCGAAACGGCGACUGGAACAACAACAACAAGGAGGCUUCACGUCGACAUCCUAAGAAUUUCGGAGGAACAGAUUUUAACAGUGUCAAGGGUAAAAUGAAAGAAGUGAAAGAAAGACAGGAAAUGCAGCGUUCUCCUCCUAAAACCAAGAUGGAGUUGGCAAUGCAGAUGACCGGGCGUGAACGUCGUCAGUAUACAGAAUGGAAGAGUGAACGAGAAAAGGUGGACCAAUCGAGAGUAGACCGAUCUAAAAAUAACUCAGGAGACUGGAAGCGAGCCUGGGAUGUUGAGAAAAAAGACCAACCAUCAGAUGAAGGUAUGCACAUGGAGCCGGCGAAGCGACCAGGUAAAUCUGGGCGAAUAGGAAGUGGUAGAUUUGACCGCGGGGAACGAGAUGACAGGCAGCGUGGCGACGCCCCUGGUACUAUGAAAGGGGUUGACAAAGAUGAAAAAGAGAAGCCACCAGGUGUUGGUAGAGGUCGUGGAAGGGGUCGUGGUAGGGGUCGAGGGCGAGGAAGAGCAAAGGAUCGAGCCAGAACAAAUUCUGACGAGGGUAGACGGGUCGAGAACAACAAUGACCUUUUAGUUAUCAAAAUUGAUAACACUCCAGGUAAAAAUGGAGAUUCUUCUGUAGAAGUGGAAUACUCUGACUCUGAGACCCCUAUCAUCACAACAAGAAAACAGGGUCAGCGACCUCAUUCCAUUGCCGGUCAUCCCACUACACCCGGUGAUAAAGAUGAGCUGUGGUGGGACGAAGACUUUGAAGACAUUCCUCUCACAAGCACAGAGCCUGACAGUGCUGAUGCAUACAUUGAAGACAUUCUCAGUGACACUCAUGAAGACGAGUUUCAUGACAGUCAAGAACAUGGGGAGUUCAUUGAAGAUGGUCAAUUUGAGGAUAUAGAUGGUUAUCAUGGUCACCCAAAGGUUCAAGAGCAUGUCAGUCAAGGGGAUACGGAUGAGUGGGAGGAUUGUGAAACUGAGGAAUUCUGGGGAAGUCAGGCAUCUACUGAUAGUGCUGGUCUAGGGAGCAAGGGAACAAAAAGUCCUGCAAACCAUUCCUUGUCACCUGAAGAUGCCUUGAGGCUGAAUGUAAAGAAUUUGAAUCCAGAUGCCCCAGAAUUCACACCCACAUCCCCUUUGUCACCUUUGUCUCCAGAAAUGAUGAAAACUCCUGAAGGUCAUGUAAAGGUUCCAAAUUGGGCAGAGGAAAUGAAGACUCCAACUAGCGGAGAAAAGAACAUAUCAUUUAAGUCAGCUAGUCCGGCAUCAAAUGAGGAUAGCCCAAAAGGGACAAAGGGAACAGACAGUCUUCCAAGAAGAAUAGAAAAAGACUUUGAAUCACCAAAGAAGGAGGAAGAUCAAAGUCAAGAAAAGAAAGUAGAGGACACUGAAACUGAAAAAAAUAAAAAGGUAGAUACAGAGGUAACUGAUAAAGAUAAUUCUCAAGAAGAGAAAACAAUAGAUGACUCAAGUGAAAAAGAGUCUGAAAAAACUGAUCAAAAAGAAUCAGAAAAUUCUCCAAGCGGAGAAAAUGUGGUGAGCAGUUCAGGGGAGACAACUGAGGACAAGAGUUCUUCAGGGGAAACAACUGCUGAGGAAGUGAAAGAAGUCGAAGAGGAGACUAAACAGCAGAUGGCCAAAUCUGAACAAGAUUCAGACAGUAAAGAUGGCUCUUCAGAGGUGGAGCUGAACAUUGCUCAAGAGUCUACUGGGAAUGUAGAGAGUAAUAAAGAAGGGCCAGAUGAGGACAUUAAAGUCCCAGAUGAGGGGCCGAAAGAUGGCGAGGACAAGGAGUCCAGCUAAAUUCAUCAUAUACAUGGCAUCAUUGUCAUCUUUUUUUGAAAGAACUGAUGCUUCGUAAAAAUGGAAAUACUUUCGAAACACCUGGAACAAAGAGACGUAUGAGUUUAUAGAUGAAAUUGUUACAAAGUUGACAGCAGUUGACAGCAGUUGACAGUGACAGAGGUUGUGAUAAAUGAUACGAUAAUGUCAGAACUGAACUGUUUGUUAUAGAAUACAAUGCUUAGAUUCGUCUGUACUGACUUUUCAAGUCUUACGUUUAAUUAGUGCUAUUUAUGUACAAAUUAAUUGUCAAUGUAAUUGUAGGCAGUUUUUUUAUAUAUAUUUUAUACUUACAACAUCAUAAGAAAUUAGUGAGUUGGUGUAAAGAUAUAUUAGAAUUAAAACAAUAUACACCUAUGUAGCGCACAUUCACGGAAAAGUAAUUUAAAUGUAAAUUUUUAUGCAUAUUUUUAUGCAUAUUUGUCAUACAUAUGUAUCUUUUUGGAUAAUUAAGGGCUUCCUUUUGUUAAAUUUAUCAAAAGGAUUUUUUUAAGAGUUGAAGAAUCGUUGAUAUACAUGUUUUUUGAAUUUGUUGAUAGUGAAAGAAACAUUUAUUUUAAUUAUUAUGGUAUUACAUGGUAAAGUUGAAUUUUAUCAAUAUUAGGAGUUUUUUUUUUGUUUUUUUCCCCCUCUAACAUGUCUGAAAUUUAUUUGAAGAUAUCAUUUUUUUCCCCCAUCAUUUUAGUCGUUCAUGAAUGUAUUUCUUCGAUUGUUUCACUUUUUCUCUUAUUAACACUUACAAGAGUAUUUUAGCCUAAUGCACCUCCAACUGAUAUUGUAAUUUAUAAAUAAAUGUACUUUUAUAUUUUGAAUGUAAUAUCACUUAAGAUAAUAAUUCAACAUUAAGCUAAUUAUCAAAAUGUAUUAAAAAUGUAUCAAAAUAUUACUAAUACAAGUUAUUAUAAACCAAUCUCUUUUAAAGAUCUUUAACAUGGGGCUUCCCCAGUCAAUAUCUCGGUACCUAUGGGCAUUGACUUUACUGUUUUAUACGAUUUAGGUUUGUAUAUAUAUAUUCCGGGGAUACAAAUCUAGAUCUUUUGAAACAGUUAGAAAAAAUAGUGAAAAUGACCCCAGUAUAACAGUAUAGUUGAAAUACCAGUUACAACUUGUACAAGAUAAAGAUCUGUUUGCAAUGUUUUGGACUGAAACUUCUGGGUAUCUUUUCCUGGAUAUAUUUUUUUUAAAAAAGUGGUCAAAGAAAAUUUAGAUGUAGGUCAAUAACGUUAUGUUGUUGGCGAUAACAAAGAACCAUAUAUUUUGACAGUUAAAAGAAUUGUAUUUAUAAAAUUGAAACAGUUGUACAAUUACCGGUAUGUAGAAUAGAUAAGAUUUUAUUAUUAUGAUUGGAUUGUAUAUUUAUUGAAUGAGAAGAAGUUGUGAUUACACACUGAUAGAAUUGUAUUUAUAGAAUUGUAUUUACAAGAAUUGUAUUAAUAGAAUAGAUAGUAUUGUAUUUACUAUCUGAGAAUUGAUAGAAUUGUACAUGUAUUUACAAAUGAUGAAAUUUUUAUUACAGAAUGAUAUAAAUUUGUAAUUACAGAAUUGAAUUGAUAGAAUUGUAAUUACAGAAUUGAAUUGAUAGAACUGUAAUUUCAGAAUUGAAAGAAUUGUAGGUACAGAAUUGAAUUGAUAGAAUUGGUAUUAGAGAAUUGAAUUGAUAGAAUUGUAAUUACAGAAUUAAAAUAAUUAUAAUUACAGAAUUGUAUUGAUAUAAUUGUAUUUACAGAAUGAUAAAAAAUGUAAUUACAGAAUGAUAAAGAAUUGUAAAUACAGAAUUGACAGAAUUGUGUUGACAGGAUUGAUGGAUUAAUCAUAAGAAUUAAUAGGAUUAUGUGUUUACAAAAUGACAAAAAAGAACAACAACAUAGUUACAGAAUGAUAAAGAAUUGUAAUUGCACAGAAUUGAUAGUAUUGUAUUUGUAAAGUAAAAAAAAGGGCAAUGUAAUAUAUGUAAAUUACAGGCAGUGUUUUAUGGUUGGCCUAACACUAUACAUAGUGCCUUAAACUUGAUUCAAAAUCAAAAGGAAAACUUGUGUUCAAUAGAAAUAAUAAUAUAAAAAUUGUACGAGUUUGGACAAAUGAAACUAAACAAAUUUUAAUUGGGGCAAUAUUAUAUUUGUUUUUUUCAGAUUAGUCAGUUUAAAAACCAAUUUGUUUGAGGAUUUAGUAGAGAUAUGGAUUAUGCUGUUGGAAUGCAAGAAAAGGGAAAUACUUCUGUCAGUAAAUUAACAAUUUACUUCAUUUUGAAGGAACAGAUUUAAAAAAUGGUGCUCUAUAAAGAUAUGUACAAAUCAGUUUUUAAAUAGAUUUUUACACCUGUUAUUUAUACUUGAAUGAAAUACACAGCUGUUGAACAGUUUAUUCAAAAGACUUUUGCUUUCCUUUAUUUAACUUGGAUGUUGUGAUCUUUCUUUCGAUAUACACAAUGUAGUUGUAGCCAUGCAAUGUUCAGAAGGACAUGAUUUUUAUACAUAUGUAUUGUAAAGAAUUUUAAUUUAUUCUUGCCAAUUUUUUUUGUGACUGAAUAUCUUGGCUAUUUACUUUUUUCUUUCCCUUUGAGUUAUAAUGCUUUUGGUAUUGUGUUUUGAUAUCUAAGGCUUUUGUGAAUAGUUACUGAAUGUAUAAGACGGGUCACUUAUAAGUCGGGGGUGAGGUCUUAGUUUUUUUAAUAGCAUACUGUCUUGAUCAGUGAGAUGUUUUGUAACCAUUGAUACUUUUGCAUUUGAUUUGUUACUGAUAAAGAUGUCUGAAAGGUAAUAAGGUAUUUAUUUGUUAUGAAGAAAUACACCAAUGAAAUAGUGUAAAUUUCAGCCUUUAAUUACUUUUAGGCAAGAAUCGUUUAGAUAUUGAUUAGUGUUCAAGUGAAAUCAGUAUAUUCAUAAUAUUGUAGCAAGAUUUUUAGCUUUAUAUACAUGCGCAAACUUGCUUUCAAGGUUUGAAAUCAAGUUUUUCUAUUACCUCCCUUUUCUGUUCAUUUUCUUCUCUCCUGUAUAUAUAUUGUUUUUACAGUUUUUGAGGAAAAAAAAUCAUUUUGUAAAAAUACCCCUUUUUAUUCUGAUGGAUUGAAAUAUGAACCAUUUCUGCCAUGGUUUCAAAUUCCGAACUUUGCUUGAAUUAAACUGAAUUAAAAAAUUUCUGCAAGUUUGUGAUCUAGCGUAUGUAAGAUGAAAAAAAGAUUGUGCUUUGUUUAAAAAAGAAUAGGAAACAAAAUCAAAAGAAAUUUAUAAAAAGUGUGAAAAAAAAAAAUGCAAAAGAUGGGGAAAAAAAAUAGCCAAAAAAAUGACAACGAAAAAAGAAGUCAUAUCAUUUGGGUUUAGGUGCAUAUUUGAAUUUGAUUCAACUUUUUUUCUGUAAAUUUUGUGUCAUUUUUCUUCAUCAUGUAAUUAUACUUACAUAUAUGAUACAUAUUUGUAGCCAUCUGUGUAAAGAAUGUUGCAUUUAUACUCAUUUUUUUGUAAUGACAUACACACAUCUCAUUGUAUGACGUAUGCUGUAGUCAUCUGAUCAUAAAUGACGUAUGCUGUAGUCAUCUGAUCAUUGUAUGACGUAUGCUGUAGCCAUCUGGUCAUUGGGUGACAUGUGCUGUAGUCAUCUGAUCAUUUUAUGACGUAUGCUGUAGUCAUCUGAUCAUUUUAUGGCAUAUGCUGUAGUCAUCUGAUCAUUGUAUGACGUAUGCUAUAGUCAUCUGAUCAUUUUAUUGACGUAUGCUGUAGUCAUUUGAUCAUUGUAUGAUGUAUGCUGUAGUGUUGGGAAGUGAUAUUAUUUAUUAUAACAAACUAGGCAGAUUAUAUAUGGAAAUAAAAAAAAAAUCAAAACUGUA